AUGGGUCGAGCUUUACUCAGUUGCGGUGAUAAGGGUGUCAACCAGUUGAAACAGGUUCGCCACCUUGACUCAUUUUUGUUCGAGAUGCUCAAGGCAAGUGUAGCGGUAGGCGACGAUGAAUUAGCGCUGACGGCCUAUUGCUCCUUAAAGGAGCUUUUUCCAGAGUCGGCCGGCUUGAAGAAAUUGGCCAUCACCUGUCUACAGGCCGUGCAUCGCACGGAUGCUGUGGGCCAGGACCGACUUGAUGUUGCCUCGAAGUCACUUGACCCAGCCGAAACCGACAUGAGUUAUCGCCGAGCUAUUCUCACUGCCAUGCGGACUUCCGAACACUCCCACGAAUACAAGGACCUGGUCGAAAAGUAUCUAGAAGACUGCCCCUCAGACGUCGCGGCUUGGAAAGACAGGCUGUCCAUCGCCCUUAAUGAAACUGAUUUGGAACGGGCUCGAUUUGCUGCUGAGCAAAUCGCCUGCAUUCUGUGUCCUAUGAACAUGGGAGCCAUGAUACAGCUUGCGGACGUGUGUUUUGCUCAAGGCCACUUGGUGGCAGCGGCCAAGUACUAUUGUUUGGUGAUCGCAUUUGAACCCAACUGGGUACGGGCGCUCGGUGGUCUGGUUAUCACUGUGUGUGAGAUGAUGAAGACCAAGGGAGUCGACUAUAGCGAAAUGCUCCUCGAGCUGACCAAGGUUGCGCUAAAGGGCUGUGGUCGAUUAACGGAGAUAUUUAAGAGUCAAGCCGCCUCUACCGCCGUAGGAGACAACGCCCGUAUCUGGGCGCAGGCGCAGUUGGAGCUUUUCGACCAAGUGAAAAACGAUAUCGAGAAAGUAACGAACGAGUAA